AUGACCAUCGGCCCAAAAUCUGUCAUCAUUGUCGGUGGCUCUCUCGCUGGCCUGAUGCACGGUGUAUAUUUCAAAAGACGCGGCACCGACGUUGUCAUUCUCGAACAGGAUCCCAACCCGAUCCGUGGCAGCCACCAAGCGGGCAUCGCCAUCGGACCCGCUGUCGAGGAAUUCCUGACCAAGUACGACAAGACGGGCGUACAGAGCUGUACGCCGCCCAUGACGGUUCGCCUUGCGUUCCGUAAGCAACCCGAGACUAAGCGGCUCCUCAAAAGCGCCGGCCGUAACCAGACGAGCUGGGGUCUGCUGUACCGUAUUCUCCGGGCCAACUUUGACGGCAUGGCAUCCGAUGCCGUUCCCAACCCGCCUUCGGCCAGGGAGGAGGGCGAGGGCCGAGUGCAGUACUACACUGGGCAGCGGGUUACGAGGCUGGAGUAUGACCGCGAUAAACAGGUCGUGUCGGCCACGUUUGUCGACCAGGGUGAUGGAAAGGAGGAUACAAUGACGGCCGAUUUGGUGAUCGGUGCCUAUGGUGGACGUUCAACCGUCAGGACCCUGCUGGAGAAUACAUACUUUGAAAACCAAUUUACCCUUAGCUUCCUCAAAAAGAGCUACAUAGUUAGCUACAACAUCCCCCCUGACACGCCCUCCUUCACCCCCGGUACCCGCCUGAUCAACUGGGUAUGGUACAGCAACGUGGACGAAGCCUCGCCAGCCAUGGCCGAAAUCCUAACCGAUAUCCACAACCGCCUGCAUGGCAAUACCAUGCCCGCCGGCCUGGUCCGCCCGGAGGUAUGGAACCGGCAGGUCGCCAACACCCUCCCGCACAUGGCCGGCCCGCUCGCCGAGCUCAUCUCGGCGACGCACCAGACGGCCGUCUUCGUCACUAAGGUCCACGACGCGCUCUGCCAGGCGCCUGUCUUGUGCGACGGCAAGGUGAUCCUGGUCGGUGAGACGCUCGCGGCCUUUAGGCCCCAUUUCGCUCUCGCCACCGAGCAGGCGGCCCGUCAUUGCUUGGCCUUAGCCAAGGUGCAGGAGGGAGAGAAGAGCCUGGAUCAGUGGGCGAGGGAGGCGAGGGUAUAUGGGAAGAGAAUGUGGCUGGCUAGUAGGCUGCUUGGGAUGUUUGGGUGGGCUGGUGGUGGGAGUUUUUCAAACCACUAUGUCUGUAUGUCGCGUUCUUGGUGAAGCUCAAGUUUGGGUUGGAGUGAGGGGCCGUGUUUGGCGCCUGAAUUGUCUAGAAAACCUUACAUGAGUGUGGAUGUAUCUCGUAACUCAGACCAAUGGGUGUUGCCGCAGUGGUUGCUUCGCAACCCUUUUAGCUUACUAGCUUCCUACCAGUGACUUUGACUGGGCCACAACC